AUGUUGGUCGAUCAACAGCCAAUGGCGUCUCAAGCAGCCCAUCUUGUGACAGUGAUAAGCGCGGUUCUUCUCUGUACUCAAGAAGCCUUCUUGGUGACAACGGAUGAUAGCUCAGCAGCAACUGGCCACGCCGAAAAGCAGGUAGAAAUCAAUAUAUAUGCCGAUAGCAGACGCCAGGAGCCACAAGAGAUCACUCAAGCCGCCGCCCUUGAAAAAUACCCCUGA